AGAGUUUGAUUAUGGAUGAGGAGGCCCUUCUUCGGCCUCUUUCCUUUGGCGCCAAACCAGUUUCGUCUUUCCCGCCGCGCGCGCUCCUCCCUCCCGCCGCCGCCGCCGCCGCAGUCAACAUCGGCACCCACCCACCGAAAGAGAGAGAGAGAGGGAGGAAAUUUCUUUCCGGAUCAAGAGAUCAAGACGCUAGGCCGGAUCUCGCUCGCCAUGGUGGCCGAGCUCGGUCCGGGCAGGUUCUACGGCGGCGGGCUCCAGCGGCCGCGCGUGUUCCUCGGCGGAGACCGCGCCGACCCGCCGGCGCUCCUCUCCUGGGCGCGCGAGGCGCAGUGGUCCACGGGCGGGCGUGGCGGCAGGCGCCUCCGCCUCCAGGGCCGCAUCGAGGGCAGCCUCGGCAGGCUCCGCCGCGCCGACGCGCUCGGCUCCGACGACGACAAGGACGAGGAGGAUGGGGGCGUCGCGGCCCAGGAGCGCCAGGUCGUAGACGAUAAGGACGACGAGGAGGAGUCCGUGGAGUCGGAGCAGGACGAGGAGGAGUCCGGGGAGUCGGACGAGGACGAGGAGGAGUCCGGCGAGGAGGAGGCCGCGCUCGUGAAUCCGGCAAGGUGGCUGCAGAGGAAGAAGGCUGUCGCGCCGGCUUCUGCUCCUUCUGCCAAGGCACCGGCGAAAGCGUCCCCAAAGAGGAAGGCCUCCGCGGCCGGGCUAACGGCGAGGACGCCGCCGACGAGGAAGAGGAAGGCUGCCGAGGCCACGGCGGCAGGGAGGAGGACCUCGCCGCGGCAGCUUCUUUGAUGCGUCAGAUUGGAUUUGGUGCUAUAGCAAUUCAGGCGUGAUCUUGGAGAUGUAGCAUCCUGUGUGCUCGAUGAAAUGCUGGAGCGAGCUGAAGAUACCAUAUGAAUUGUAAAAUGGAUUCGAAUGCAAUUGCCGAUCUGGCUCCUCCAUCCAUUUUUGAUGAUCAACUGAAACUACUACCAUGUGAAUUGCAGAACGGACCCGAAUGCAAUUCCCAACCUUCUCCUGUUGGUGCCAGUACAUGUUAAAAAUUACAACACGAACAUUAAACAUAAAUAAUAAUUGUGCAUUCAGGCCAUCAACUGCAGCUGGGUGUGUAUCUCUGUAUCUAGGGAGCAGAGCCCUCCUUCUCUUCCACCAAGUCCCCGUUCCGCUGCUGAAGGUCCUUCAUCUGCUUACUCUUUUCUGAAUCCUUGGUUGAAGCUACCAUCUGAAUUCAAAUGCAUUCUCGGUCUGUUUCUCGUUGGUACUGGCUUUUAUGUGUUUUUUGGUUACGCUUGAUGCUACUUGUAGUAACAUCCUCUUGUAUAAUCUGCUGAAACCAGCAUAGGAAUUGCAAAACGGGCUCAAAUUUUUCUUGUGUGCAUCUUUUAAUAAUGCUGGUUGCUCGGGCUUGUGUUUUUCAA